GGUGCCCAUCGUGAUCAUGACGUCACAGCCAGUCGGACACACAUCUAAUCGCGAAUGCGUGGUUCGGAGACGGACUCUGUGGACCUUCUCCUCUCCCACGAGCCUCCGGUGUCGGUCUCCGUGUCUCCGGGAGAAAUGCUGAGACUGUUGGUGAAGCAGCAAGUCCACGCGGCUUCUGGAGACACGUUGGGGCUGAUUGACAGAUUAAUAUCAGAUUAUGAGGAGGACGUUUCUCGUUUUAGAGAACAUGAGCGACACAGAUCAGGAGAAAUGCUGAGACUGUUGGUGAAGCAGAGACUCCACGCGGCUUCUGAACACACUCUGGGGCUGAUUGACAGAUUCACAGCAGAUUAUGAGGAGGAAGUUUCUCGUUUGAGAGAAAAUGAGCGACGACACAAACUCCUGGAGGCCGUGUUCAACCCUCGACUUCAGCUGCACAGAUCAGAUGUCCAGCAGCUGGUUGGGAUUAAAGCAGAUGUCCCCCCUGAGGACCAGGACCAGAAGGACCCAAAGCCCCUCCACAUAAAAGAGGAGCUGCAGGCUCCUUGGACCCCUCUGGAGGGAGAUCAGCUCAUUGUGCUGGAGGAGGCCGAUAUCACCAAGUUCUUUUCCACUGCUGUUUCUGUGAAGAGUGAAGAUGACAAACCUAGGACCUCAUGGCUUCAUCAAAGCCAGACGGAGGACAACAGAGAGGCGGAGCCUCCCACCAGCAGGUCAGCUACACCAAUACGAACAGAAACUGAUGAAGAGGACGGUGGGGGAUCAGGACCAGACAGGAACCUAAAUCCACCUUGUCAUUCACAUCCGAAUGCUGAUGAUGAAGAGGCUUCAGAAUCUUCUGAGACUGAGGACAGUUGUAGUGAUUGGCAAGAAGCUUUGUCAGAUUCUGGACCUGAAAGUGAAGACGGGGACAAUGUCUGGAAGGAGACCAGGGCACCUGGGUCUGCUGCACAUGCCCUGAAAUAUCAGGAAGCUCUUGUAAGUCAUGUGGAAUGUAACGCUGGCAACAAAUCCAAUGAAUCACGAUCAAAAGUGCUCAUGAGAGAGAAAUCAAUCAGUUGUGAUGAUUGUGGGAAAAUAAUGAAAUCACAGCAAGGUCUUCGGUCACACAUGAGAGUCCACAAAGCUAAGAAACCAUUCAGUUGUGAUGUUUGUGUAAAAACAUUUAGAGCACAGUAAUGUCUGAAGUAUCACAUGAGAGUCCACACACGAUAGAAUUUGUUUCUUCCAGAAGUGACAAAUUAACUAUGAGUCGUUCUCUUUCUGUUGUGUUUAAUAAUUUUAAAAAAGGAAAAUGAUUUUAAUGAUUUCCAUGACAUUUGUCUGUAAAUGAGAUGGAAGGCAAAGUGUUUUCUGAUCAUUUUAUGAAUCUUUAUUAAAAACAAUUACAACAUUCUGAGUGUCUUUAAUGGAGGAAACUGAAAACAAACUAAAAACUCUGCAUGAAUACGUCUGUAUUUAAAAUGCAUUUUCCCUGUAAUUGUUUAAAAUCUACAUAAAGAGACUUUUGCAACUUCA